AAGACUUGUUUAGUAAGAAAGUUCUCAAAUGACUUUUUUUUCAAUGACUUUGCACAUUUGGUCAAGAAUAUACUUGGAGGUUUCUGUUUAACAUUGCAAAUGAAAAUGUUAGGAGACAUACAGCUUUAUUAAGUUACACAAAAAGCACAGUGUCAGAUGUUCCACACUAAAGAAAUCUCUGACCCUUGAACCGCAGAAGCUUAUUAAAGAUCUCGUCAUGAGUCACCAACCACUGAUUCCAAACACCGGACCCGAAUACCUUCAAGAAGGAACAGAACAGAUGGUGCAAUACCCUCGAUAUCUUUUAAGGUUUCUUCAGAGAUAAUUCUAACAUAUGGUCAAGGCAUAUACUCAGCAUGGAGAAAGACCAGCAAGAAAAGUCGGGAUUGUUUACCUCAUUCGCAGAUAGCCUGUCUCCAGUUCUAUUCUCUGAAGAAGAAGACAAUGGAUAUGAUUCUCUAAAUCCAACGGACAAGCAAGAAAAUACAGUUCUCAUCAGGAAUGACAGAUCUUCUGUUCACUGUAUGUCAUCGGAAGAUUCACCGUAUUCACCCUCCAGUAAUGUAUACAAGUCCGUUAGCAGGUCCGAUUUACCCUCAUGUUCAGAGUCUGAGGAAGAGACUGAAUUAUCCUACAACUCCCCAACCCUGCUGUUGGAAAUCAGCAGUUCAUCGUCAAGUAAUGGCAUUCGGGAGGAGAAUAACUGGACAGACAAUUAUGAAGGACAGGAUUUGGAUUUUGGAGCCUGGACAAAACCAUCGUCAGAUUGCAGUUCAGAGUGUGAAUGUAGCAACUGUGAUUCUCAAUCAACUGGACAAUUUAAAUGGAAAGAACACAACUCUUUGGCUGCAGUAACCGAAUUCACUUACAAGUAUUACAGUGUCAGUGUGGAGAUGACACGGGCUGUGCAUAGCCUCAGUCCCAGCAGGCAAAUCUCAGGAGUGCAAUCUAUCUGGACCGGCAACAAACUGGAGAGAAAGGCUGUCACCUCCCUCCAGAAUGUGGCAAUAGGGCUGCAACUCCGUAUCAUGUGCCAGAAGUCUGCUUCUAGUUCUCCACAUCAUGGGCAUGCUGUAGAUGAUGCUCUACCCAUUCUGUAGAGUCUGGUUGGCAUUAAAUAUGUUUGGUGAAUUAUGUACAGUUGUAUUAUUUUAUUAUUGGCUGCUGG